AUGGCUGCCCUUGCUAUUCCCGCCCCCGGCAUGGGGCCCUCUCUCGAAGCGCUGUCGGCUCCCCCGCCGUUGAACACCCGUCGCCCGGGCGCUCCCCCGCUGCCCAGCAUGGAGCUCCCCAGCCGACAGUUUCCCGGCGCUCUGAAAUACACGCAACUCCCCAAUCCCUCGGCCCUCAACCCCAGCGUCAGCAACCUCUUGACCCCACCGGCGACGAGUCAAUCGGGCGAAACCACCCCCGUCACCACUGCGCACCAGACGACCGCGGGGAUAAUCCCAUCCGUACCAGCCACGCCCGACCUGGGACCGUUCUGGCCCACCCAGAACUCGUAUGGCAGUGCGUCGGGCGCCGCAGCGGCGGCGCGCCCCUCGUGGACGUCGAGUUUGAGCCCCUAUGCGAGUCGCGACACGUUCUCGCCGCCCGGAAAUAAUAAUCCGAUUAGUCGCAACGCGGUCACCUCGCCUACGGGAGCGGACUCCAUACCGCAAGGGUACGAGAUGAACCAGCUGCCUCCGUUCCAACAACCGAUCCCUGUCACUGCCGCGCAACAGCCCCCGCACGCGCUCACGCAUGCCGUGCUCUCUGCACAGCACGGUCUCCCGCCCGUGCCCUCUCCGCAGCCGCUCCCCUCGAACGAUCCCUACAUGGUCAAGUCCUCGUCCGCGCCCGCCUACAGCACGGUUCAGCAGCUGGCCAGUCCGCCGGGCAGCUAUUCCCCCUACGGCCCCACCGGGAUGAGCAUGCAACCCCCCGGCCGGGUCGCGUCGAACCCCCACCCGGCGCAUCACCUGAACUACCAACGCCAGCCCUGGCCGUCAUAUACCCUCCCUGGGUCGAGCGGGCCGGUGUGGACAAACCUGCACAACCCGAACGCCCAGAUGUCCCUGACGGCGCCCAAUUCGCUGAUGCCCCACACUUUCAACAGUGGGUUCGAGGCGCACAUGCAGCGGAUGUAUGGCGGCCACCUGCCGCCACCGGGCCAUGGAGGGCCCGGCCCCGCCAACGACCGACCGUUCAAGUGCGAUCAAUGCCCCCAGAGCUUCAACCGCAACCACGACCUGAAACGACAUAAGCGGAUUCAUCUGUCGGUCAAGCCUUUUCCUUGCAACCACUGCGACAAGAGUUUCUCCCGCAAGGAUGCUCUGAAGCGACAUAUGCUUGUCAAAGGGUGCGGAAAGGGCGAUUCCGAGUCGAAUACGACACGACCGCCAACGGUCAAGGAGGAGGAUCGCAGCGACGACUCCAAUGGACAAGCCUGA